CCAUUUGAAACGACGGGCUGUGGUCUAUCUUGGUUUACUUAUAACAAUCUUUGUCUGCGCUGUUCGGCGAAGCGCAUGAAUGCCCUGACUUCUGCAGAGGCCAUAUCACCCCGUAAAUGCUGCUUGGCCAAUGCAGACGUCGGAUUGACCAUGCAAAGGUUAGCUAAAAUGCUACAAGGAAGCAGCCACGCGAAACGUUAUUGAGUGACAACCAAUCUGCCCAAUUAGCUGUUAGGUUUCCAUAUACCCGCUUAUGUUGAUCCUCCCGCUUAUUUCGCAACGCCCACUCAUCGUGUGCAGUUACCCAUGACUCGUAGCUACUGGUUGGCAAACGUUGUGCAUAGGCCACAACACGACCCGAGUGACACUACCAAGCAAGUACGAACCGUCACUACAUGGUAUUUAGUGAGACGAUCCUAUCAGAUCUUGUCCACCACGUAACAUCACCAGCGGGAGAGCCUUACCUGGGACAGCACAUCAGAAUCCUAGACUCUCCCCUUUCACUUUGGGCCAAAAUGGUCCUCUUUUGACCGAAUCAUCAAAAGCUUCCUUUCAAGUGCUACAGGAGGACACACCAGAGAAAAUGGACAAUCAACACACAGAUAUACUGCAGGUGCAAAUAAAGCAGGAGGAUGGAGAAGAGCCUCACGAUACAGAGGACAGUCUCAAGAGUUCUAAUACCAGAGAACAGAAGCCUUGUCACAUCUGCCCUGAUUGUGGUAAAAGUUAUACCCGUUCAGAUAAUCUUAAAACACACCAGAAAAUUCAUAUGACAGAGAGACCGUACCUCUGCUCUGAGUGUGGUAAAGGUUUUACCCGUACGGAUCAUCUGAAAUCACACCUGAAAACGCAUGAAAGAAAAAAGAAGAAACUAAAACACCCGUGUACUGAUUGUGUGAAAGGCUUUGUCCAUUUGGAGCAGCUUGAAAAACAUCUUCAAAAAAAUCACCUAACACACAAGGAAAAGAAACCUCACAGCUGUCCAAGGUGUGACGAGAGCUUUUCUGACCUGGAAGAACUAACAACACACUUACCAGUACAUACCGAAGAGCUGGCCCUCUACUGCUCUGACUGCGGCAAGCGGUUCUUACACAAAGGAAAAUUUGAAAGACACAAGAGAGUACACAGUGGACAAAUGCCAUACAUAUGCACUCACUGUGGGGAGGGUUUUACACAGGCACACAGUUUGAAACAUCACCAGCGAAUACACACUGGGGAGAAACCCUACCUCUGCAACGAGUGUGGGGAGAGUUUCAGACAUGAUGCAACGUACAGGAGACACAAGCGCAAACACGAGCUACCACCCUCUGAAAAGAAAGCCUAUCCUUGCUCAGUAUGUGGGAAGACUUUUACCCGCUCUGAUGGAGUGAUGAGGCAUCUGAGAAGGUUCCAUUAUGGAGAGAGAGCUCUCCAGUGCUCCUGCUGCGACAAACGAUUCUUUCAACAGGACACACUAACCACACACAUGAGAAUUCACACUGGAGAGAAACCGUACAGUUGCUCUGACUGUGGGAGAAGCUUCUCACAAGAUGGCGACCGAAAGAAACACCAGAAGAGGCACCACACUGGAGAGGGUACUUCACCUCUGACCCUCCAUGUGGAUGGUACAGAGACACACACACUAUAACAGAGACAUUCACACUAACAGACAGGCAGACUCAAGACACAAAAACAGCACAGCGGGCAAACCAGGUUGCAAUGAAAUAAUAUUUUUUUGUGGAUGUGUGUGUGUGUGUGAUAGCAUGUGUUUUUCUGUUCUCUCUCCCCCCUCCCUGUCUCUCUCGCUCUCUGUCUCUCUCUAGUUUAAUUAGAGUUCAUUGGCAAGGCUAAUUUUAGCCCAACUUCUCACUGUUUGUAAGAUGCUUACUGCUUAUUGCAGCUACUUAAGUGAUCAUCCCCCACUCUGUUACUCUCUGUUACCCCUCUAUUCAUCCCCCACUCCGUUACUCUCUGUUACCCCUCUAUUCA